AUGUUUGCUGAAUGUCCAUUCAGUAUAGUAGAACAGCCGAAGUUUGUUUAUGAUGGUAAAUGGUUAAAAGUGCGUCAGGUCCGAUUUAAAAAAAAUGAUUCCUCAUCAGAACAGGUCUGGGAAUCAGCUCAUCGUCACAAAAUUCCGCAGUCGAAACCGAGUGGUGUUGAUGUGCUUGCAACUUUGCACAAAAAUGGUAAGAAGUAUUUUAUUCUCAUCAAACAAUAUCGUAUUCCUAUGGGUGGCGUGUGUUUGGAAUUUCCAGCUGGAUUGAUAAAUGAGGGAGAAAGUGUUGAGGCUGCGGCAGUACGAGAAUUAAAAGAAGAAACAGGAUACACAGUCAGUAAGGUAAUAUCGUGCUCAAAAGGUAAACAGAGUUUAAGCCCUGGUCUUACCGAUGAGAGCAUUAAUUUUGUGGUAGUUGAUGUUGAUGGUAAUGCACCAGAGAAUAAAAAUCCGAAGCAGAAUUUGGACGAUGGUGAAUCGAUUGAAGUCGUGCUCGUUGAAUCUGAUAAAUUAUUAACAUAUAUCGAAUCUGUAAGUACAGAGGUACAUGUGCAGUCAAUGGUUUAUGCUUUUGCUUUAGGCAUGAAUUAUGCGCAGAGCUGUAAAGUUUAG